AUGGUAAGCCUGCUAGCUAUCCUCGCUUUGGGUGCUGUCUGGUGCACAGGAGCCUUUUCAUCAGGCUCCUAUUACAAGAAGCUCGCGGAUAGCUUUCGCAUUCAAAUAGAUGCUUUGGGUGAUUUUUUCAUUUGGGAAUAUGCCUUCUGUCCCCAUUUGCCGGUUGGUGUCUACGUGGGUGUUACAGGGAGCAACCCUUAUACCGUCGCACCAAGCAGUCAGAAAGAUUAUGACGAGUUCUUCAGGUUCUUGAUUAGCCAGUGUGGGAAUGCGCUGAAAG